AGAGAGAGAUGGAUGCAUCCGGAAGAAGGCAAAGCCGGGGUGAGCCGCUCCUGGCCGGGAAGCAGCGGGGCGGCGCGGGGGGAACUUUUCCUGCAGCGAUCCCAGAGUUGCAUCAUCCGGCCCCAUGGGCAGCGCUGGCAAGCCAGGGCCACCUGGAGGGGGAUGCUGAGGAGCAGAGGAUGCCCAGCAGAUAGCGCAGGGCAACGGCAGCCCAGCCGGGGGCUCCCCUGAGGACAGGAGGGACGUUGAGAGGACGCAGAAGCCCCGGCUUCCCAGCUCUCCCUCCCCAUGGAGAGGAGAUCCUCCUUGCCCCAGGAUCUCCGGGAGGUGCUGCACUGCCUGAAGAUGAGGAGCAAGUACGCCGUGCUGCUGGUGUUCGUCGUGGGUCUGGUCAUCAUCGAGAAGGAGAACAACUUCAUCUCCAGGGUGUCGGACAAGCUGAAGCAGUCCCCGCAGGCGCUGGCAGAGGCCAACGACACGGAGGCCAGCCCGAUGCCGGCUGAAAAUGGGUCCCUGGCCUCACUGCGCCAGCUGGACGCCGCCUUCUCGCAGCUGAGGAUGCGGCUGCGCAACGUCACCCUGCAGCUGGCCGGGGGGCUGGCAACAGGGGGGACGGUCCCCCCGGAGCCGCGGCGGCACAUCCUGCUGAUGGCCACCACCCGCACCGGCUCCUCCUUCGUCGGGGAGUUCUUCAACCAGCAGGGCAACAUCUUCUACCUCUUCGAGCCGCUGUGGCACAUCGAGAGGACGGUCACCUUCGAGCCAGGUGGCGCCAACGCGGUGGGGUCGGCCUUGGUGUACCGCGACGUCCUGCAGCAGCUCUUCCUCUGCGACCUCUACAUCCUGGAGAGCUUCAUCUCCCCGGCGCCCGAGGAGCACCUGACGCCCUUCAUGUUCCGGCGGGGCUCCAGCCGCUCGCUGUGCGAGGAGCCCGUCUGCACGCCGGCCGUCAAGAAGGUCUUCGAGAAGUACCACUGCAAGAACCGCCGCUGCGGCCCCCUCAACGUCACGCUGGCGGCCGAGGCGUGCCGGCGCAAGCAGCACGUGGCCCUGAAGACGGUGCGCAUCCGGCAGCUGGAGUUCCUGCAGCCGCUGGCGGAGGACCCCCGGCUGGACCUGCGCGUCAUCCAGCUGGUGCGGGACCCCCGUGCCGUGCUGGCCUCCCGCAUGGUGGCCUUCUCGGGCAAGUACGAGACCUGGAAGAAGUGGGCGGCCGAAGGGGCGGCCCCGCUGCAGGAGGAUGAGGUGCAGAGGCUGCGGGGCAACUGCGAGAGCAUCCGCCUGUCGGCCGAGCUGGGGCUGCGGCGGCCGGGCUGGCUGCGGGGCCGCUACAUGCUGGUGCGCUACGAGGACGUGGCGCGGGCGCCGCUGCGCAAGGCGGAGGAGAUGUACCGCUUCGCCGGCAUCCGCCCCACGCCCCAGGUGGAGGAGUGGAUCCGUGCCAACACGCAGGCGCCCCGCGACGGCAGCGGCAUCUACUCCACGCAGAAGAACUCCUCGGAGCAGUUCGAGAAGUGGCGCUUCAGCAUCCCCUUCAAGCUGGCGCAGGUGGUGCAGGACGCCUGCGCCCCGGCCAUGCGCCUCUUCGGCUACAAGCUGGCCGGCAGCCCCGAGGCGCUGACGAACCGCUCGCUCAGCCUGCUGGAGGAGGGACCCCCCUCCUGGGUCACGUAACGCCAGGGGGGAACCGGAGCUGGGGACCGGAGCAUCCCGGCGACGCCGAGCCCCAGGGCCGCGUCGCAUCCACACCGAUGGGUUCCUCGGGAGGGGCAGCGGGGGUGCUCCGGCAUCAGCUCCGCUCCCCGUGGAAGGGGGAAGGAUGCGACCCUGAGACAGAAAAGCUGAGCACAAGGGAUAACCCCGGGGCCAGCAGCAAAACCUGACCCGUGCACCAGCUUAAAUGGCACCAGCUCCUUUCUGUAAGGAGCCACUGAGCCGGGGAACCGGAGGACGCAGCCGGGAACCCACAGACCCCAUGCGGGGGUGACUUUCUGGGAGGUUUGUGCAGCCUGGGUGCUUGCCAAAACCACACUGCGCCCUCCAAAUGCCGCUGUUGCAGUCAGGGAGCACUCCUGGAUGGGAUUCAACAUGGAAAGCAGCGCUGCUGCCCCGUGGCCACGCGUGAUGUGGUGCCCAAAGUAGUGCCACACCAAGCACCAGCGGCACAGCGUGCCAGCACCAGCAGGGACCCGAACCCCAAAGGCCUUACUGGUUUAGUGCCUUCACACCAGCACAGACUGGGAACUGCCCGCAGAGCCCCAGCCAGCAGCAAGAUGAGGUGGCUUCUCGGGUUUGUGCUCUUCAGUGUUGGUUCAGGAGGGUGUUUGUUUGUUUUUGAGUUUGUUUUCUUCCUUUUUCUCUGUGUACCAGGGUUGCAGGGCAAAUCUAUUUAUUUAUUAUGUGAAAAAGAGGGGGAGCUACACCAGGGGUCAGAGCUAAGCCCAAAAAAUCAGACCAGCACAAUGUGCUGCAGAGAAACAGGGACACCUACAGCGGAGGCAGGGGGAUUGUGGCCCAUGGGAGAGUCCUAGGAGAGGCAAACUGGGGAUGCAGCUCCCCAAAAAACCCUGGCCACAGCAAGGCAGGGAUGCUGCCAUCAGCAAGCACCAGCCACAACCUCACACCGGGGCGAGGAUGCUCACUGGAGCCCGCUGCUUGCCCUGGAGCAGCUGAACCUCAUCACCUGCUGGAAGCUGUUUCACUUGACUUAAUUAAAAAUUUAAAAAAAAUAAUAAUACAAAGGAGCAGAUUCCAAA